AUGCCCGAGCAUGAAACAAUAACACUAUCUGAAGAGUUCAGCGCGAUCAUCCAGCACAGGAUCCCUCCCAAACUUAAAGAUCCAGGGGGUUUCACUCUACCUUGCUUCAUAGGAAACUUACAAGGUAUUAAUUGUUUAAUUGAUUCAGGAGCAAGUAUUAACUUAAUUCCUUUGCCUCUUUACAGGAAAUUGGGAUUGGGAGAUCCCAAGGCGGCUUCUAUCAUCCUUCAGCUGGCAGAUCGAACAUUGAAACAUCCCUAUGGAAUAGUCGAGGACAUGCUCAUCAAGGCGGAAGAAUUUAUUUUUCCAACUGACUUUAUCAUUCUAGACAUAGAAGAGGCAUUCCAAAUUCCAAUAAUACUAGGAAGGCCAUUUCUAUCAACAAGUCGGGCAUUACUUGAUUUUGAUACAAACGAGAUAGUCCCGAGGAUGAAGGAUAAGCAUCAAAGCUUCACCAUGGAGAAUCCAAUCAAGCAACCAUCAUAUUUUGAGGAUUGGCAAUGA